GAAUGUUUUCGGGACACGACAGACAUUACAAUUCGCAACGGUUACUUUGCGUGUCAAUUGUGAGUGUUUCUCUCUCUUCCUUUUUUUCCUUUACCCAAUAUCAGAAACCUUCCAAACUGGUGUUAGGCGCAAAGAAAAAUCACAUACCCAUUUGUGUUUUGCAAUGGGAUCUCGAAGAAAAUCAGUGAGAGAGAAAGCUCAAGAAGAAGAGGAAGAGGAACAAACAGUGGUUUUGAAAACUACAAAAGUGGUGGAGUAUUUGGUGCCAAAGAUGUCAAUUGAGCUUCUGUGCAAGUUUCCGGAUAACUCUGCCUUUGACUUUGAUUACUCUCAGAGCACAAUAUGGUCUCCUUUGCUUCCCACACCCUCCUGCAGUCCAAUGGAUUUGGAUCUCAUAACUCCAAAGAAGCUUUCCUAUGAGAUGGGUUUGGGAGCAAGGUGCAGUGUCAAGAAUAUGGGUUCAAAGCUUAGGAAAAAGUUCAAUCUCAAUCUUCAUUUCAUCAACAAACAUGGCAAGAGCAAGAACAAGAAGCUGUCUUCUGAUUUCUCACCGACACCCUUCAAGGGUGCUUGCAACCCCAUCAUGAACAAGCGAUGGGCAAGAGCACUGAAAGCUGCUUCUAAACAGUUCAAGAAAUGGAAGACAACGAGAGACCCCAUAGCUCAUGUCAUGCUACCAAAAUGAUGUUUUUUAAAUAUUUGCCGAAUGUUUUUACUAUUUCUUAAUUGUGAGUUGGUUUAAUUAUUUCUUUUU